AUGAUCAUUGACAGUUUCCUCCUCUGGCUGCCUCUUUAUCUUGAAUAUUCUUCAGGUGGUCUUGUGUUUACAAACGACUUUACAUCACCGUGGUCCACAGCUGCCAAAUACACAUCUCAGGUCGGGUCACAACUCUUGCUGUUAGCGUUAAAACGCCCGGUAGUCCGUCGUAUUUGCCAUAUUGUGGUUAUUGUAAACAGCUAGCUAGCUAAGCGUGAAGCUACCGAGUCGCUCAGUCUCCAUCUUGAACUACGGCGAGCGGUCACGUGACUGUUUUCGGCUCUUUUUUGUUUGGAGGUACACAAAGCCCACAGGCUGUAUUUAUGCGCAGUUAUGUCGAGUUGUAGCCAAGCUGGGAGACGGUCAUCGGUUUGAGCCAGUUGUUUAAAAUCUCUACCGGUGAUUACUGGCAUCAGGAAGUACUUUCAGGAAGUAGUUUGCUGCGUUGUUUGAGUGACAGCUGUGCGGUGGUGACAACCCACACGGGACGGCAGCCCGCAGAGCCGAGCCGAUACUCAAGAUGGCAGGUCUAUCUUUAUACUUUGAAGAUGGCCAUGACGAUUUGGAUGACUUUGGAUUCGAUGACUAUGGUUCAGAGUGCGACGGCAUCCGCAUCACAGCCUUCCUCGAUGCAGGACAAGACAACCUAACUCCUCUUGGGAGGCUAGAGAAGUAUGCCUUCAGUGAAAAUGUCUUCAAUAGGCAGAUCGUGGCUCGUGGCCUGCUUGAUGUGCUUCGAGAGUUCAGUGACAAUGAAAAUGACUUUAUCAGUGUCAUGGAGACUGUUGCAAGAAUGUCAGAAGAUGGAGAGCCCACAGUACGAGCUGAGCUGAUGGAGCAGGUGCCCAACAUUGCCAUGUUCUUACACGAGAGUCGGCCCAACUUCCCAGCAGCUUUCUCAAGAUAUUUGGUGCCCAUUGUAGUCCGAUAUCUAACUGAUCCAAAUAACCAGGUGCGGAAGACGAGCCAGGCAGCACUGCUUGUUCUGUUGGAGCAGGGCCUCAUCUCUAAAGCUGAUAUGGAGACCAAAGUUUGUCCAGUUCUGCUUGAACUCACAGAACCAAGCAGCGACGAUGACUACAAAAUUGAAGCAGUUGCUAUCAUGUGUAAGGUUGUCACCAUGUUGAGCAAAGACACAGUUGAGCAUCUAUUGCUGCCUCGCUUCUGUGACCUGUGCAGCGACGCCAGGCUCUUCCAAGUUCGCAAGGUCUGUGCAGCCAAUUUUGGAGAGUUUUGUUCCAUUGUGGGUCAGGAAGCCACAGAAAAACUACUGAUGCCCAAGUUCUUCGAUCUGUGCUCAGACAGUCUGUGGGGCAUCAGGAAAGCCUGUGCCGAGUGCUUCAUGAUGGUCUCAAAUUCCACCUCUCCUGAGGUGCGACGUGCAAAAUUGUCUCCCCUGUUCAUCAGCCUCAUCAGUGACCAGUCCCGCUGGGUGCGACAAGCUGCCUUUCAGUCUCUGGGGCGUUUCAUCUCCACCUUUGCCAAUCCCUCCAGCACAGGCCUUUACUUCAGAGAGGAUGGCACCCUACUAGAGGUCCCCAGGUGUACAUUGGACAGCGACUGCUCCCUAAACUCUCUGAACUGCUCGAACAUUAGCGGCUGCCACACGGACAGAACCCUCGCUCACACGCCUCCCAAUCAGGAUGGCCGUGCCACACCAUCCCCUGAGCAUGUAUCGACUGCUGACAGCGAGGAUAUGCACAACUUUGAUGACAGCCACACUUCUGUUCCCAGAGAGAUGCGCGAUGGUUUCUCCCACAUGGUGUCAAACAGCAGCACUGGCCCUAAAACUACAAACAACGCUACGAACACAAAAGAAACAGAGCACACAGACGAGAACUUUAACUCUUUCCACUACUGGAGAUCUCCUUUACCUGACAUCAGCGGGGAGCUAGAGAUGCUAAGUUGUCAAAAAUCAAUGGAGGUGAUAGAGAAUCAGGAGAACAAAGAGGAGGAGGCUGAACCUGGAAAUAAUAGUCCUGACCCAAAGUUCAGCCCUGGCCAAGCUACCAGUGACCAGAUCCAGAAGGUCUUGGACUGUUUGCAACCGCACAUGGAUGACCCUGAUGUGCAAGCUCAAGUCCAGGUGUUGUCAGCAGCUCUGAAGGCAGCACAACUUGACAGCCCGACAGACGACAGCCCAGCUGAACCCCAGCCAGAGGAGCAGCCUGAGAGCAGUGACAACAAUGAAAGCCCGUCAGUGGAGAGCAAAUCUGUGGAGGUUCAGUCAGAGACUCAAGAGAGUCCAGAGGAAGAGGAGCAGAUGAUGGAAACUCCCCCAGCUUCGGAGUCGAGCCCUGUCCAAGAGCAAGGAGACGAGGAGACGCAGACGGAGCCCCUGGAGGACCAGGAGGAACAAGAGGACCAGGAGGACCAGGAGGACCAGGAAGACCAGGAAGACCAGGAAGACCGGGAACAGUCUCCUCCUGGAUCCCCUGUUCUGGAGUCUGAACUAAUUGAGAGUGUGGAGGAGGAGGGAAAGGAAGACUCCGCAAAUAGCCCAGUGCCUGAGGAUAAGCCUAAGAUCCAGAAUGUAAUCCCUCAGCAGCUGUUGGAUCAGUACCUCUCUAUGACGGACCCGGCGAGGGCCCAGACGGUGGAUACAGAGAUUGCCAAACACUGUGCCUUCAGCCUGCCAGGGGUUGCGCUCACUCUGGGACGACAGAACUGGCACUGCCUCAAGGACACGUAUGAAACCCUCGCUACUGAUGUGCAGUGGAAGGUGCGACGUACGCUGGCUUUCUCCAUCCAUGAGCUGGCAGUAAUUCUUGGAGACCAGCUGACAGCAGCUGAUCUGGUGCCUAUCUUCAACGGUUUCCUGAAAGACCUGGACGAAGUCCGCAUUGGUGUGCUCAAACAUCUCUAUGACUUCCUCAAGCUGCUUCACGCAGACAAGAGGAGAGAAUAUCUGUACCAGCUGCAGGAGUUCAUGGUGACGGACAACAGUCGCAACUGGAGAUUCAGAUACGAGUUGGCAGAGCAACUGAUCCUGAUCAUAGAGUUGUACAGCCACUACGAUGUGUAUGACUACCUCAGACAGAUAGCGCUCACACUCUGCUCUGACAAAGUGUCAGAGGUCAGGUGGAUCUCGUACAAACUGGUUGUGGAGAUCCUCCAGAAGCUGUAUGCAUGUGGUGCUGAUGAUCUGGGCCUGAACUUCAUCAAUGAGCUCACCGUCAGGUUCUGCCACUGUCCCAAGUGGGUGGGACGGCAGGCGUUUGCCUUCAUCUGCCAGGCCAUAGUGGAGGAGGACUGUAUGCCCAUGGACCAGUUCAGCCAGCACCUCCUGCCCAGCCUGCUCAGCCUCUCCUCAGACCCGGUUGCCAAUGUCCGCGUACUGGUAGCCAAGGCUCUACGACAGAGUGUCAUGGAGAAAGCAUACUUCAAGGAGCCUGGCUGUGCCUAUUCUGACGAGCUGGAGGAGACUGUGAUGGCUCUGCAGUCCGACAAGGACCGGGACGUCCGCUUCUUCGCCAGCCUGGACCCCAACAAAGGCCUGAUGGAUACGGCUCCCUUGAUCUAACACGCCUCACAGCCCCACCUGCCUGUCUACCUACCUGUCUGUCUGACUGAUGCACAGUCAGCAUAACCUGCAAACACCAGCACCUGACCAGAUCCCCCACCAACCACUCGCCUGCUGGGCAGACCUACACCAACGACCACUUGAGAAUCAGCUGUUCAGUCUACAGUAUAAAAGUAUGAGCAUGCUCAAACAACACAACGGUCUCUGGUUGGGCACUACAUAGCGCACAUUGCAUUCACAACACAAAUGCGUACUUCUCAGAGGUUUCCGAAAAUGAGCAGGACUCAGAGGUUAGCUGCUCCACUUUGUUGGAGCUGCAGCAUUUACGCCUGAACUUCUUCCCAUCCUCCUCCACACUAACACUGACUCAAUCCUUCCCCCCCAAUCACAGACUUGUAAAACUACGACGGGCUCUCUCUCUCUUUCUCUCCAAAGCUAAUUGUAAGCUUGAUAUUAAAUUGCUGAAAUGAUUUUUUUUUUUCUUAAUUCUUCUUUUUUGUGGAUUUUUCUUAACGAACAAGCGGGCGAGGCCUGCCUGACUCUGACGUGUGCACUAACUCAGGGGGACUCAUUUGAACCUAAACAGCAUUAUUAGCCUACAUGAUAAGCAGCAGCAGCUCCUGGAUCCCUGGUGAAUAAAACCUCCAGCUGUCUGAGCAACAGACCAGCCAAACCAAGUAGCUCUGCUGGUGUCUGUCACCUCAUCUCCUCCUAAAGUUUCCCUCAGACGUCCUUUUUGUCUUCUGAGAUGUCCUCUGGGUUAUUGUCUGUUCCUUCUCUGAUUCACUCUCUUAUCUCUGCAUUUCUUCACCUGGUCUUCAUGGGCCGAUGAAACCACUACUACUGCACAGAAACAACAGUGAUUCUGCCACUCAGCGUUAUUAAAACCAUAUCUUUUUUUGAAAGAACACCUAAACAAACUGUUUGCGCCCUCCCUCUUUUCCCUCCGCUCGUGUCUGUUUACCAAAAAUGUGACACACCGCGUCUCCCGAACGGCUGGAGACUAAUGAAAUACCUCUGUGUGGACAUGACUGGCCAGUGUGUCGUACAUGUAGAGGGACAUCUGCGCUCCAAACAGGCUCUGAAUGUCCUUGAUGGGUGAAUUUUUUUUUUUGAGCGAUUCUGUGGUGUUGACUGCAACAUCUUAAGGGCUCAUGACGAAGUGACACAGGGUGACGUAAAGAGGAAGACAGCAAGCACACUGUUGGAAUAUGCAUGUCCCCCCCCCCCCCCCCCCUCAUCUUUAUCCCCCUUGUGUAUAGUCUCUUCCUUACGGUUGACCUCCUGAUGUUUAAUUAUGUGACCAUGGUAGCUUUCAGUGGAUCUGACUGACCAGUUGUACAGUAGGAAUUAGGAAAUGGCUGUGUGAUGAAACUGAAAAGCCAGCUGAUCAUUAUUUCCCUGUCUUGGUGGAAUGAUUUAAAGUAUGAGGUUUCUCAGAACUCUUUGUACAGCUUAAACCUGUGGAGAACAGUACUGUAUGUGUUUAUGGAACCAAGGCCAGUGUAGUCGAGAUGUGAGUGCGUGUGUGUGUGUGAAUAUUGGGAGCAGCCACCAAGUCACUUUUUGUAGUCUUUCGAGCUCGUUGGUUUCCCCUCUGUUGUAAAUGGUAACCCUUUUUUUUUUUUUUUUUUUUGAACAUAGACAUAACUCGAGAACUUAAGCUGAUUGUGGUGUGUGCUGUGCAUCUCAAGUCUUUCUUCCUUCGAAAGGAGAGCUCACCGCGGUAAUGGCGGUGUCUACUCAUCUCGUCUGUCUGCGAUUUUGUGUCCAUCUCAUUUUUUUUAUGUAGUAGAACAGUUAAUAUAUACAUUUUAUGAAAAUUAUUUUUCUUUUCAAUUAUGCACCACUGUUCAAAGAUUUUAUAUCCUAACUUUACAAAAUUUACAACCUUUGUAAUAUUCAAUGGUUUCUUUUAAAAAGACAUUUUAUGUAAUGUUAUUUUUAGUAUUCUGUAAUUAAAAUGAUGAAAAUUA